AUGUUCCAGCAGCAAUUCACAAUUGGCCAUGGCUCCUGUGAGCGAUGCCAGACCUUGAAUCUGCCGAGUGUCAAAAGCAUGCAAGAACUCAGAUCCGGGAUUGCGCGCAUUUUUUCAGUCUCUGAUUCUGAAUCUAUUUGUUUUUAUAAUCGAAGAGACGUUCUCACUUCUCUUGAUGAAGUUGAGAGGAGUGAUGGUCCAGUACAGGUCAGGGUGAAUGACGAAGUGGUCAGAGAGCCGUUGGGACCAGAGCCAUUACCACACGUUGGCAACCGCUACGAACUCUAUCCAGAUCCGCUUGGGAACUAUGAUCGCCUCUUUGACCGGUAUGGGCCUGUUAUCAAAACGAUCAAUAUGGGCGUGGUGACAUACCUUACCAAUGAUCCCAAUGUCUCUCGCGAAGUUCUCCGCGAAGGGGAAUACUUCACCAAGACUACAUCAGAUCCCGGCCAUCCUCUGUACUACAUGCGAAAUAACGAGGCGCUCUUUACUUGCGACAGCGAUGCGCCAGCGUUCGAAUUAGCGCACAAGUACAUUCCGCCCAGCUUAACGCCGAAGGCAGUCCGCCACUACACGCCAACUGUUCUAGCUUGCGUCGGGAGAUCAUUCAACGUUUUUGAUGAGCUCGAUGAAAAGCAGCUGGCAUUCAAUGUUUAUCAUUACACAUUCAAGAUGGCUGGAGAGAUCAUCUGGAAGGUCAUUCUUGGCAUGGAGCUAGGUCACUUUGACUCGAUUGACACAAAGCCUCAUGAAACCAUUCGGCUUCUUGGCGAGUAUCUUUCGCUCAUGAAGAAAACCUCUUUGCGCGGAAGUUGGUAUGGAUACUUGCCAUUCGGGAUGCCAAAGAGACUCAAGCUAGUGAGACAACUCUUGUGGGACGGCGUUGCUAAAGGCAUUGAGGAUUCAGUCAAGUCCAGGGGAGAUCUGCCAAUGAAAGACGCUGCACUACAUUCUACCAGCGUCGCUGACUACCUUCGCCGGGCCACCGACGAGAAGGGAGAAAAGUUGCCCGAAGAGAUCAUGCUGAGUAACUGCGUCAUUAUGAUUGGAGCUGGCUUUGUAACGACCUCUUCCCUCCUAGCCUGGCUGAUCUACGCCUUGGUCAAGUAUCCCGGAAAUCAGCAGCGUCUGCUCAAAGAACUUGUUGACAAUGGGGCUUCUCCUAGCAAAGAGUGGAGCUAUGAUGAGCUGACCGAAAUGCCGUUUCUCGACAAAUUCGUAAAGGAGACACAGCGGAUGCACAAUCCGUCUUUCCAAACGGCGAGAAACGCAAAGCAAGAUGUCGUACUUCCGGGCGGGUACUUCCUACCUAAGGGGUCUGUUAUCAUUCCAACUUUCCCUUCUCUACACAAGAAUCCAGUGCAUUGGGAUAAUCCGACGCGUUUUGAUCCAGAUCGAUGGGACACUGAGGAGGUAAAGGGCCGGCACAAGAUGUCUUACACUCCAUUCGCGGCAGGGACCAGGGGGUGUGUGGGGUAUAACCUCGCUCUCCUUGAGGUGAAGAGUGUCAUGGCAAAGAUGGUUUACCGCUAUCACUUUGAAGAUGCGUCUACUGAAGCCGUGGUGUAUGAUCCUGAGUUUAUUGUCAUUAGGCCAUUGAACUUCUAUGCUAGGGCGAAUAAUUUAACUACCAUGGCUACCAAUACAUUCACUGCGACGGUCAUUCAAGCCGAGACAGGUGCAGCGAAGGAAAACUUGAAUGAGAUCACUACUCAACUCACCGUAUUCGAUCUCAUUCCACCAAGAGUGUAUAUCAAGUUCAUUGUCUAUCUACCUCUGAAACCACAAAUCAGCUUCCAACAGGCAUUUUCUCACCUACAGUCUGGUCUUCACUCAACCUUGCGGCAAUUUCCUUUCCUCGAUGGUCGUAUCUACCCUCGCAAGGAGCAUGAGACCGGCUGGAGACCAGGGCACAUCGUAGUGUCUUACGACCCAGACGGCUCAAGCGCCACAGAAGAAGCUCCCCGACAGCUCGCCUUUAAGGACUUGUCACAGGUGCUGCCCGACUAUGAGGAUCUUCGCGACGCAGGAUUUGAGUUCUCUGCUUUCGAUGAUGAGCUCGUUCUAGCUGCCCCAUUCGUGCCAGACUUGACGGGCGGUGCCGACGUCUUCUUGGCGCAAGCGAACUUCGUCAAUGGAGGAUGCAUUCUUGCGACGGGAUUCCACCAUUCCGCUAGCGACGCGACCGGUAUGGUUACGGCGAUGCGUGCGUGGUCGGAACACUGCAGAAACCUCGCGCAUCCGGAUACCAACGUGUGCAGCUGGCUGGCUCCGGAGAGCUUCGAUCGCACCCUUCUGGAGCGGCUGUGGAGUAAGACGCCUGCCAAGGCUGUUGCCAAGAUCCCGCGCGAUACUUGGGGCUUUCUCGGCUUUCAGCCGCCAGAUGCGGAGGAGGAAACGGCUACUGCUACGGCCCCACCUGCGGCCCCGCUCCGGACCAUGGAGUCUAGCAUUUUCUACAUCUCUCCGGACAACUUCAACAAAUUGAAGAAGGAUGUUUUAGAUGACUCUCAUGACGGGACGGGACUGUCGGCCAAUGACGCACUCUUAGCGCUUUUCUGGCGCGCUCUCAUGAAAGCGCGAUACAAAGCGGCCAUCGCAUCCGGCCAGCCAGCGCCGGCGGACGAAGUGUCAUACUUGGAAUCUCCCGUCGACGGCCGCACGGAUUUCGACCCAGAGCUUCCGUCGUCGUAUGCUGGGAAUCUCGUUAUUGUCAACAAAGUUCCGAUGCGGGUGGCCGAGCUCGCGUCGCCGACUACGAGCUUGCGCGAUGUCGCUCUGCAAAUUCGGGCACAGGCGGGCAAGGUGAACCCAGGCCUUGUGAAGGACGCGUUCACCCUCAUGCGCGAAGUUCCGGACUACACGAAGCUGAAGCAUGCAUUCACCCGACUCGAUGGAUUUGAUGUCAUGAUCACGUCAGUGUUGCUGCUGCCGUUGAAUAAGAUCAACUUUGGCGACUACGUGUUUGGCAAUGAUGGCAAGCCGGAGUCGCUGCGACCCUUGAUGGAUGCCUUCAAUGCGAAUUUCAGGCUUUGCAUGGUGUUGCCGAUGAAGAGUCACGGGGGUAUCGAGCUGCUUAUUAGCUUAUUCGCUGACGAGAUGGAGCAACUGCUGGCAGACGAGGAGUUUGCAAAGUAUGCUGCAUUUUACUGUCAUUAG